CCACAUAUUUGUGUGAAGCCCAAAGGAGAUAAGGGCAUUUGGGAACCGUGGCAAACAAAGAACACGAUGGAGAAGAACCUUAUUAUUCUACAUAGUAAACCAUGGCCUUCUCUGUUAAUACCUUCUCACAGUGCCACCCACUUAGAGUGGCAGGGCUCGACAAGGGUCCUUGCAAGCUCCAACAGUGUCUCCACAAUCAAUUUGUCACACCCAAAAUUCAUAGAUACCCAGUUGAAUCAACUAUGUGUCAAUGGUCAGCUGAGUGAGGCUGUGGCAAUUCUUGACUCCUUGGCCCAACAAGGGUCCAAGGUGAGACCCAUGACCUUCAUUAACUUGCUUCAGGCUUGUAUUGACAGAGACUGCAUUUGGGUGGGUAGGGAGUUGCAUGCCAGGGUUGGGUUGGUGAGAAAGCUGGACCCUUUUGUGGAGACCAAGUUGGUCAGCAUGUAUGCUAAAUGUGGGCUCUUGGAGGAAGCACGGAAAGUAUUUGAUGAAAUGCGUGAAAGGAAUUUGUUCACUUGGUCUGCUAUGAUUGGUGCUUGCUCCAGAGACCUUAAGUGGGGGGAAGUUGUGGAGCUUUUUUAUGAUAUGAUGCGAAAUGGGGUUUUGCCUGAUGAUUUUUUGCUACCAAAGAUUUUGAAAGCUUGCGGAAAGUGCAGGGAUUUUGAAGCUGGGAGGUUGAUCCAUUCUAUGGUGAUCCGUAGAGGAAGGUGCUCUUCUUUGCGCGUGAUCAAUUCAAUUCUGGCUGUGUAUGCUAAGUGUGGGGAGAUGAGUUAUGCAGAGAAGCUUUUUAGGAGAAUGGAUGAGAGGAGCUAUGUUUCCUGGAAUGUGAUAAUAACUGGAUAUUGUCAGAAGGGUGAGAUCGAACAAGCUCGGAAGUAUUUUGAUGCAAUGCAGGAGGAAGGGAUUGAACCAGGAUUGGUAACUUGGAACAUUUUGAUCGCCAGUUAUAGUCAGUUGGGGCAUUGUGAGAUUGCAAUUGAUUUAAUGAGGAAGAUGGAGAGUUUUAGGAUUACUCCAGAUGUAUAUACUUGGACUUCUUUGAUUUCUGGGUUUACUCAAAAGGGAAGGAUAAAUGAUGCUUUAGAUUUGUUGAGGGAGAUGUUUAUAGUGGGGGUUGAGCCCAACAGUAUUACAAUUGCUAGUGCAGUGUCGGCGUGUGCGUCAGUAAAAUCACUAAGUAUGGGAUCAGAACUCCAUUCUAUAGCUGUUAAGACAGGUUUGGUUGAUGAUAUGCUAAUUGGUAAUUCACUGAUUGAUAUGUAUGCCAAAGGUGGCAAUCUGGAAGCUGCUCAACGCAUUUUUUAUGUGAUGUUAAAGAGAGAUGUAUAUUCUUGGAACUCCAUUAUUGGAGGGUAUUGCCAAGCUGGUUUCUGUGGCAAAGCUCACGAGUUAUUUCUGAAAAUGCAGGAGUCUGAUUCACCACCUAACGUCGUGACAUGGAAUGUAAUGAUCACAGGAUUUAUGCAGAAUGGUGCCGAGGACGAGGCAUUGGAUCUUUUUCAAAGAAUUGAGAAAGAUGGGAAUAUUAAACCAAAUGUAGCAUCAUGGAAUUCUUUAAUUUCUGGUUUCUUGCAGAGUGGACAAAAGGAAAAGGCAUUGCAGAUGUUUCGGCGGAUGCAGUUCUCCAAUAUGGCUCCCAACUUAGUUACAGUGCUUACCAUCCUUCCUGCCUGUGCAAACCUAGUGGCUGCUAAGAAAGUGAAAGAAAUUCAUUGUUGUGCAAUACGUAGAAAUUUAGUGUCUGAACUUUAUGUAUCAAAUACAUUCAUUGAUAAUUAUGCUAAGUCAGGAAAUAUAAUGUACUCCAGAAAAGUAUUUGAUGGAUUAUCCCCAAAAGAUAUCAUCAGUUGGAACUCUCUGCUUUCAGGUUAUGUUUUACACGGCUGUUCAGAGUCUGCACUUGAUCUUUUUGAUCAGAUGAAGAAGGAUGAUAGACUCCAUCCAAAUAGAGUUACUCUUGCAAGUAUUAUCUCAGCUUAUAGUCAUGCUGGAAUGGUGGAUGAGGGAAAACAUGCUUUCUCCAACAUGAGUGAAGACUUUAAGAUCAGACUUGAUCUGGAACAUUAUUCCGCUAUGGUCUAUUUGCUUGGUCGUUCGGGUAAGCUUGCCGAAGCAUUGAAGUUUAUUCUGAACUUGCCCGUUGAACCAAAUUUUUCUGUAUGGACCGCCUUUCUGACUGCCUGCAGAAUUCAUAAGAAUUUCGGAAUGGCAAUCAUUGCAGGAGAACGUCUGCUUGAGUUGGAUCCUGAAAAUAUUAUAACUCAGCAUUUACUUUCACAGGCAUAUACUUUAUGUGGGAAGUCUAGGGAAGCUCCAAAAAUGACAAAGCUGGAGAAAGAAAAGUUUCUGGUUGGGCAAAGCUGGAUUGAAAUGAAUAACAUGGUCCAUACUUUUGUUGUUGGUGAUCAGUCAAAACCAUAUUUGGACAAGCUCCAUGCUUGGCUAAAACGGGUAGGUGUAAAUGUCAAGGCACAUAUUUCUGACCAUGGGCUUUGCAUUGAGGAAGAGGAGAAGGAAGAUAUUGGUAGUGUACAUAGUGAAAAGCUUGCGAUUGCGUUUGCAUUAAUAGGUUCUCAUCACACACCUCAAAUUUUACGGAUAGUAAAGAAUUUGAGAAUGUGUAAGGACUGCCAUGACACAGCUAAAUACAUAUCUUUGGCAUAUGGAUGUGAAAUAUAUUUAAGCGAUUCAAAUUGUUUACACCAUUUUAAAGAUGGUCAUUGUUCUUGUAACGAUUAUUGGUAGAACAAAUAGACCUGAAAGAGAAUUAAUGGAUUCAGAAAUAUGUAAAUCUGUCAUGCUGUUUUAAU